AUGGACUCACAACGCUCGACACCUCCCCGGGAUCCAAGCAUUGGCACCGGCCGCCCAGCGGAGGAAGCCAUGGCAGACUCUGGCAAGGCAUUUCAGGAGGAUGUGGCUCUGAAGAAGCCAGCGGAUACCUCGCCGCCUAAACAGUCGAAGCCAAAGCUCAUUCUCGUACUCAUCUCCAUCCUCCUGGCCAUGUUCCUGAUUUGCCUCGACCGGACCAUCAUUUCGACAGCCGUCCCUCAAAUCAGCAACGAAUUCAACUCCAUCACCGAUGUCGGUUGGUAUGGAAGCGCAUACCUCUUGACCAACUGCGCACUGCAGUUAGUCUUUGGCAAGAUAUACAAGUUGUUUCCCAUCAAGACUGUGCUCCUCAUCAGCAUUCUGCUAUUCGAGGCGGCCUCUGCCCUUUGUGGGGCCGCCCCGAACUCGGUGGCUUUCAUAAUCGGAAGAGCCAUUGCCGGUGUUGGUGGCGCCGGUAUCUCCGCUGGAGUGAUUGUCUCCAUCGUCUACGUCGUCCCGUUGAAACAGCAGCCCCUAAUACAAGGCAUGUUUGGCGCUCUGAUGGGCGUUUCCUCUGUUGCCGGUCCUCUAAUUGGGGGCGCCUUUACAACAUACGUAACUUGGCGGUGGUGCUUUUAUAUCAACUUACCCAUUGGAGGCUUUGCUAUGCUGGUCAUCUUUUUUAUCCUCGAUAUCAGCGGGCAGGACACAGCCGAUAUUCCCCUGCCGGAAAAGUUGAAGCAGAUCGACGUGAUUGGCACUAUCUUCUUGAUUCCUAGUGUGGUUUGCCUCCUGCUUGCACUUCAAUGGGGUGGCCAAACAUAUCCGUGGAAUAACGGACGUAUAAUCGCCUUGUUCAUCGUUUCUGGAGUAUUGAUGAUUGCCUUCUUCAUCGUCCAGAAUGUUUCUCCCCGGACCGCAACGCUACCUCCACGUCUGUUCAAGCAGCGCAGCCUUGUGGCCGGAUUUGUCAUGAUAUUUCUCAUCAUGUGUGGGAACUACAUAGUCGUGUAUUUCCUGCCAAUAUGGUUCCAGGCCAUCAAAGGCUCCUCAGCGGCGGAAUCUGGCAUCCAAACCCUACCUCUGAUGCUAUCAAUGGUGCUCACUUCGAUCAUCGGCGGGAUCGCCACUACCAAAGUCGGAUACUAUACUCCAUUCGCAAUCGCAGGGACUUGUAUUAUGAGCAUUGGGGCGGGCCUACUUACCACCCUCCAGGUCGACUCAGGUUCUGGCAAGUGGAUCGGGUACCAGAUUGUCUACGGGUUCGGGCUCGGCUUCUGCAUGCAGGUGCCCGCGCUCGCCGCGCAGGCCUCACUGCCCAAGAAGGAUAUCUCUAUGGGCAUCGGACUAAUCCUAUUCGGCACGCUUCUCGGCGCUUCGGUGUACGUCGCCGUCGGGGAGAGCAUCCUGCUGAAUGGGCUCGUGUCCCGCCUCUCCGGGAUCCCGGGCGUCGACCCGUCCCUCCUCACCUCCGGCGGCGCCACGUCGGUCAUCAGCUCCCUCCCUGCGGGCGUGCGGGAUACGGUCGUGUCUGAGUAUAAUUCUGCACUUCGGGUGGUCUUUCUUGCGGGGAUCGGGCCGUGUGUGGCGAGUGUUUUCGGUGCCGCGUCCCUUGAGUGGACCAGCGUCAAAAAGAAGCCAGAGGGCGAGAAGGACUCUGAAGCCGCCCAAAAGGCAGAUGAAAAGGUGGAAGACCUUUAG